UCACAAAUGGAUCACAAGGAAGCGGCGUCUAAACUGAUGUUCAGCAUAGAUUUGCUACCACAGGUUUCGAGGCACAUCGAUUUUCUGGAAAAGGUUGCUGAAAUUCCAGACCUUAAAGACGAACAUGUGCUGAGACGUGCUGCAUACAGAUAUGAAAAGUACUGGAUACCGCUUGCCGCUGAACACAGGGACGAAUGUCUAACUGCCCCUCUUGAUAUUGAGUGGAUAUGGCAUUGUCAUAUGCUGUCCCCGAAGAACUAUGAAAGCGAUUGCAUUGCUCUUGUUGGAACAGUCGUCAACCAUACAUUUUACAAUAAGCAAGAGAGAGCUCUGUGUUUGCAAGCUGCAAAGAAACACUGGUUACAGAAGUACGGGGACAAAGAUGAGCCAUUUGCGAUGGAAUACAGCAUACUUGAUAAAGACGCUGUAGAGAACUUCACAUCGUCUCUGUCUUACGAUCUUGUUGCAGCUGCACAGAGACAGUCGACAUUCUAUGAUAAGAUAGCAUCAACUGAAUACAAGAAUGAAGAAAACCAUGAAAAUGUCAACGAAAGAUACAAGCAGUACAUUUAUCUGUGCAAACUUCUACCAUCCCUCCCGCUGACUCCAAGUAUUGGAAUAGAUCUGAUGUGGCACACCCACCAAAGCAACCCACUUGCGUACAAAUUUGAUAUGGGAAGGAUCCUUCGAAGAUUAUUACAGCAUGACGACACAAGUACUGACCAGACCGUUGGCUCGAAGUUACAUGAAGCGAGCCAACUUACACUGAAGAGCUGGGAGAGAUUUUAUAACGAACCAUUCCAUGAUUGCACAUAUAGAUGUGUGAACAGAUGUUUCAGUAAAUGUGUAAAUAACUGUUUAAGUACUUGCAUAUCAAACAACAAAAGCACUUGCACGGCACCUACCAGUUUCUAUGCAGUGUAAAGACUCACUUAUCCGCUGAAAUCAAUUUAUUUACUUUUACUCUUUUUUACUUACUACAAUGUAUAUUGAUCAGUGAACC